AAUAAAGCCAAUCUGCACAGCACUGCUUUAUGUCAACUUUAAAAACCUCCCUAUUCUCAAGAUUGGACUCGUCCGGGUGUGUACUUUUGGCUUAUACCCCACUCUAACCACUGCUUCUACUUGUAAUAGUAAAAGAUAGACAUAAUUUAGACUUUAUAAGGAAGAAAGAGACAAAGCUAUAGCAAAAGCUUUUGCUACAUUUUAUUCAACCAACUCCUUGUUUGGUUUUGCCAUAUGGUUAGAAUAAAACCAUCGAAUAAUAAAAAUCAACGUUUCAGGCGCAAGUACCAUGAUUAGAUAGUUUUAGAAAGUAGAUUUUUUUAAACGGGUUCGUAGGUCAAAUGCACUUUGAAUAGUUCAUUGGCCCAAGUAAUUGACUAAUUGACAGUUGAAGUUCUUUGACCGGUUUCUUUUGCGUUUUUUGUGUUAAGUAAUCGACUGAAAGCUUAAAAUUGUAUCCAGAGUGUGAUUUAAUUCAUCGUUGAAUUUGUUUUUGCAAUGGCUGGAAACUUUUGGCAAAGUUCACACCACCAGCAGUGGCUUUUAGACAAGCAGGAUUUAAUAAGGGAGCGCCAACAUGAUCUUCAAGUGCUCACUGAAGAUGAGUAUCAAAAAAUAUUUAUUUUUUUUGCUAGUGUUAUACAAACUCUAGGUGAACAGUUGAAACUACGUCAACAAGUUAUCGCAACUGCAACUGUGUAUUUUAAACGAUUUUAUGCGAAAAAUUCACUCAAAUGUAUAGAUCCAUUGUUGUUGGCCCCUACUUGCAUUUUUCUAGCUUCCAAAGUGGAAGAAUUUGGGGUAAUUUCUAAUUCUAGAUUAAUUACAACGUGUCAGACAGUUAUUAAGAAUAAAUUUAGUUACGCUUACACUCAAGAGUUUCCAUAUCGCACAAAUCACAUUUUAGAGUGUGAAUUCUAUUUGUUAGAAAAUCUCGAUUGUUGCCUAAUUGUCUAUCAGCCUUAUCGACCUCUUUUACAACUAGUACAAGAUAUGGGUCAAGAACAAGACCAACUGUUAACUCUAGCUUGGAGGAUAGUGAACGAUUCUCUUCGAACUGAUAUAGCAUGUGUUAUCUUACAAAAGGAUCACAAAGCUUGGUUUGCUGAAUUAAAUGUAGACAUUGAAAGAAUUCAAGAAAUUGCUAGAUAUGUCAUUAAUUUAUUCGAACUGUGGAAGACUUAUGAUGAAAAGAAAGAAAUUCAAGGACUUUUGAGCAAAAUGCCUAAACCAAAACCUGCUCCACAAAGAUAGAAAUCACAAUUUCUACGUGACUACGCUUAUAACUCUAUCAUUAAAAUUAUAUUUAUUUCUUUAUGAAUCAAUACAUAAUUGUGCUAAUUUCUGAAUAAAGUUCCUAGAUUUAUGAACUA